AUGUCGUCUGCAGGACCACCUGCGCAGGCUGCGCCGCGCACGAAAAAGCAACGCGCUGGACCAGCGCCGUUCUACUUGCCAUUGAAUAUAACGCUCUACGUGUGUCUCAUUUCGAAUUCAAUUGCCGCUUUCCUUGCUCCGAUUCAAGACUGCGACGAGGUCUUCAACUUCUGGGAACCUACGCAUUACGUCAACUACGGAUACGGGCUUCAAACAUGGGAAUAUUCGCCGGUUUAUUCGAUCCGAAGCUGGCUGUACAUCUCUCUCCAUGCGCUCGUGGGAAAGGCCGGUUCGUUGGUUUUCCGUGACAAGGUCUCCGCAUUCUACGUCGUUCGCUUUGCUUUGGCCGUCGUUUGCGCCUCUUGUGAGACAAGGAUGUACUCAGCAAUUUGCCGGACCCUGAGCCCGAGAAUCGGGCUUCUGUUCCUCAUGAUUGUCGCGUUCAGUCCGGGCAUGUUUCAUGCCUCUACUGCGUUUCUGCCGUCGAGCUUUACCAUGUACAUGUCUAUGUUGGGAUUGACUGCUUUCUUGGACUGGAGGGGAGGACAGAAGACAGCGCAGGGCAUUAUGUGGUUCGGACUGGGUGCGAUUGUCGGCUGGCCGUUCGCUGGAGCCCUGCUUCUUCCGCUUCUGGUUGAGGAGUUUGUCAUUGGAUUCCUUGCGGGCUCUCUCAAAAAAGUGGUUUUCAGCGUAGUUGAUGGCGCUUUGCGGUGUCUGGUCAUUUUGGCUGCCGAAGUCGCUGUCGACUAUGUGUUUUUCCAAAAUUUCACCAUCGUUCCGUGGAAUAUUGUCGCUUACAACAUCUUUGGCGGCGAAGGAAGAGGCCCUGAGAUCUUUGGCACAGAGCCAUGGACGUUCUAUAUCCGGAACUUAUUGCUUAACUUCAAUAUUUGGUUCAUUCUUGCUAUGUUGGCUGCACCGCUGCUUGCCUUCCAGGCAAUCUUCCGGUCUCAGGCCACCAAUAAGCAGACGAUUCUGCGAACCGUCACCCUUCUCACUCCGUUCUACAUGUGGCUCAGUAUUUUCAUUGUCCAACCUCACAAGGAAGAGCGAUUUAUGUAUCCCGCAUACCCCUUCCUUGCUAUCAAUGCCGCUAUUGGCUUCCACAUGCUUCUCUCAUUUAUUGGGUCCAGCAACCCGAAAGAGCUAAUGGGGCGAGUGCCGGCCCAGUUAAAGCUUGCUGUGGUCUUGUCGAUGAUUCUUCUGUCUAUUAAUGCAGGCUUACUACGAACCAUCGGUAUAAUCACCGCCUAUAACGCUCCUUUGAAGGUGUUAGAGCCAUUGGAGAAGACAGAAGUCCAGGCUGGCGAGUCCGUCUGUUUUGGCAAAGAAUGGUAUCGGUUCCCGUCGUCAUACUUCCUCCCCAAUGACAUGCGAGCGAAGUUCAUCAAGAGUGAAUUCAAGGGACUUCUUCCCGGGGAGUUCCCUGAUGCUGCUGAUUACCCCGCUCUUUUCAAUGGCGCAUCACAAAUUCCCACUGGAAUGAACGAUCGCAACGAGGAAGAUACUGGCAAAUACGUCGACAUUUCUCAAUGCUCUUAUCUCGUUGAUUCGUAUUUCUCCGGACGUGAAGCAACCGAGCUGGAGCCGCAUUACGUCGACGACGAGUCGCAGUGGAAGAAACUCUCCUGCAGGGAAUUCCUUGAUACCUCUCAGACCGGUCUUUUGGGCCGUCUGAUUUGGAUUCCUGAUCUCCCUAUUAUCCCGGAUCGCUUCCGCCGGCACUGGGGACAAUACUGUCUUCUCAAGCGGCGUGGCGACAACGAGAAUUUGUAA